AUGGCCAUGGACUCAACGGAGUUAAAGGUGUCGGAGCUAUUGAAAGAGGUCAACUUAGAUUACACUCCUCAGUUCUCUAAGCUAGUUGACGACACAGUUUCCGCCAUCAAAACCUCCAUCGACAAAAUCCCCAACGAGUUCAAGGUAACUGCAGAUUUGGCAUCGCGUUUUAUUAAGGACAUUGGUGCCGAUAAGGUCGAGUUUAAGUUUAAGAAGCCAGAGUUUAUUAAGACCGGUGGAAGUUACUCCAUACAGAGUAUUGCGAGGCCUGAAGUUAAUGUUGAUCUUAUCAUCAGAUACUAUGCCAAGAGGUGUCUGUAUUUGUGCUUGAUGAAGAAGUAUUUGGAAAGGUCUUCAUCUAUUGACAGGGUUGAAUGGUCUACGACACAGAAUGAAGCCAGAAAACCCUUGCUGAUUGUGUAUCCAGCUGCAAAGCUUGUUGAAGUUCCUGGUUUUUUUGUAAGAAUUAUUCCGUCCGCAAAGGCUAUAUUUAGCAUAGCGAAGUUGAACCUGAAGCGCAACAACAUUCAUAACUUGAGUAAUGGGAUUGAUCUUUUGGCUACACCGAAGUACAAUACCAGCAUUCUGGAAGAUAUGUUUAUAGAGGAUGCUGAAUUCAUGAACAAGUAUUUUGUUGGAUGGAAGGAACUAAGAGAGGCUUUAAUCCUUCUUAAGGUUUGGGCCCGUCAAAGAAGUUCAGUAUAUGUUCAUGAUUGCCUGAAUGGUUUUUUGAUUUCUGUCAUACUGGCUUAUCUUGCUUCUAAGCAACAUAUUAACAAUUCAAUGAAGGCAACAGAAAUAAUUCGUUUCACCUUGAACUUCAUUGACUGGGAAUGGGGCUCCAAUAUGUAUUGCCAUGAUGUAUUGGUAUUUAUUAAUGCUAGUGGUUUUGCAGCCACCUCAGAUUCGUGGAACCGAGGGCUCUACUUUCCAAAGGAAGGCCAAAGCAGUAUCACAAAAGAGCAAAAGAUUCAACUUAAAGAGUCAUUUCCAAUUGUCAUAUGCCAUCCGAAUGGAGAAUUCAAUUUGGCUUUUCGUAUGUCUAGGAUUGGUUUUACUCGGCUUCAAGAAGAGGCUGCUAUGACACUUAGAUGCUUAGAGAAGUGUAGAGAUGGAGGAUUUGAGGAAGUUUUUAUGACCAAGAUUGACUAUGCUGUUAAAUAUGACUACUGUAUGAGAAUAAAUUUAGAGGGAAAGAAAGAGGUAUUUGCUUUGGGAUUUUGUUUAGACGAUGAGUGCUGGAGAUCAUAUGAGGAUAAAAUACAUGGUAUUUUAUCUAAAGGGUUGAAUGAUAGAGUGAAAGUCAUUCAAGUUACAUGGAGAAAUACACAAUGCCAGUGGAGUGUGGAUGAUGGCUUGUCGGUAUUUGAUAAAGUGCCCCUGUUGAUAGGAGUUUCAGUGAGUACUUUGGAGAAAGCAUAUAGGAUGGUUGAUAUUGGCCCAAAUGCCGAAAUACUCACCCAUGAUUUGAAGCAGGCUCUUGAAUUUCGAAAGUUUUGGGGAGAGAAAGCAGAGCUUAGAAGAUUUAAAGAUGGUAGAAUUGCAGAAAGCACAGUAUGGGAAAGUGAGCAAUGGGCUAGACAUCUUGUUUUGAAAAGAAUAGCUGAGCAUUUACUUAGUCGACAUCUUUCUCUGCCCAAGGAAAAUAUUGUAGUUGUUGUGGAUCAACUUGAUUUUUCUUUGCUUCACGGUUCUGGAGAUCCUAUAUCACACUCUGUUAGUUUGCUUGGGGCAUUUGAUGUUUUAUCAAAACGUUUACGUCUUAUUGAAGACCUUCCUUUGAAGGUGUCCAGUGUACAGCCUUUAGACUCUGCUUUCAGGUUCACAUCAGUCUUCCCACCUGAACCUCAUCUUCUAGCUAAUGAAAAAAUUGAAUCUCUCAGACUGAGUAAGUUAGUUCCAUCAUGCAUUCAAGCACUGGAAGUUAUGAUUCAGCUAGAAGGUUCUGGGAACUGGCCAAUGGAUGAAAUUGCAAUUGAAAAAACAAAAUCUAGCUUCCUUAUUCAAAUUGGAGUGAGUCUUCAAAAGACAUGGGGAAUGACAUGUACUGCCACUGAGGAUAAUGUGGAUGUGUUAGUGUCAGGAUACGCAUUUCGUUUAAAAAUUUUGCAUGAGAGAGGCCUUAAUUUGCUCAAUAAGGAAAUUGGAGUUGACCAGGCUAAGCGAGUUCCUUCUGUUGACAAGAAACUUUUUAUCCGUGGUCAGCAUGCUAACAUGAUCAAUGGAUUAGAAAGUCGUUAUCCAAUAUUUGGACCAGUAGCUAGACUUGCAAAACGAUGGGCUGCUUCACAUCUAUUUUCAGCGUGCUUGGUAGAGGAGGCUGUUGAGCUAUUGGUUGCAUAUCUUUUCCUUAAUCCUUUGCCAUUUGAUGUUCCCUGUUCACGGAUCACUGGGUUUUUGAGGUUCCUGCGGUUACUCUCACACUAUGAUUGGACUUUCUCUCCGCUGGUUGUUGACAUAAAUAAUGAAUUGAGCAAAAGUGAUGAGAAAGAAAUAAAUGAUAACUUUUUGUUAAGAAGAAAAGGUCAGGGAGAAAAUGGCCAAAGUGUCGGGCCAGCAAUGUUCUUGGCUACAGUUUACGAUAAAGAAUCUGAGGCUUGGACUGGAUUAUCACCCAGUGGAAUGGAACUGAAAAGGUUAGUUGCAUAUGCCCGAAGUAGUACCAAUUUGCUGACGAAACUCGCAUUUCAGGAAGAGACUGGUCCAUACAGAUGGGAGUGCCUUUUCAGAACUCCGCUAAACAAUUAUGAUGCUGUAAUUAUUCUCCACAAGGACAAACUCCCGUAUCCCCAAAGGCUUCUCUUCCCUUCAGAUGUUAAUCAUGGUACGCAUGUUGCAGAAGGACAACCCAGCAAGUGUUUUCAACCCUUUUUGUUGCCAAAAGAUUUGAAGGGCAGGCCAGAGGAACUUAAAAAUAAGUUGCUGGUAGAUUUUGAUCCAUCAAAGUGCUUUAUCAGAGAUUUAAAGGCAAGUACACAUGAGUUCUCAUCCUCAUUCCAAGUAUGGCAUGAUUAUCUGGGAGGGGAUAUUAUUGGCCUAACAUGGGGGGAAUCAUUUUCUUCCAAGAAGCGGAAGCACGAGGAAGUGGUUGAUGAAGAAUAUAACCCUUUGAAGGUGUUAAAAGCUGUGGGGGAAAUUGGGAAAGGGUUUGUGAGGAGCGUAUACUUUCUAAAGCCCCCAAGGCUCAUGAAUUAG